GAAGCAAUGUCAAAAAUAGUAAACGAUUCGCUUGUAACUGUAAUACGCACACCCAUAUACAACUGAAAUUAAUACUAAUAAUUAAUAAAUAUUAUAAAAAUAUAUUAAUUGUAGUUUUGUACUAGAGCGCGACUUUUAUUUUGAAAAUGGCGGACUCCUCACUGCUGUAUCUUUGUUUACAUUCGCACCAAAGACACUGAGAUGAGUGCACUUCAUUCCCACACGGAAACAUACAUUUUAUACAAAACCAGUAAAUAAUAAAGCGUUUUUCAAUUACAGAAGGUGGAUGAGGAGGUUAUGACAAUAUGGACCAAACAAUGCGGGAUAAGCUCUCACAACUGGUUGAGGAGUUGACAACCUCUGGAGAACCACAGCUGAAUCAAGACAAAAUGAAGGAAGUGAAGAAAAUUUGCAAAGUUUCCAAUGACUACAUCGAUCAUUUCUACCACUUGAUCAUGACCCAGCUGAACCAAGAGCACGCAGAGAUCCGUCUCUCCGCCUUCCAGAUGGUCGGCGAGAUCUUCAGCCGGUCGCAUCACUUCAGAGGUCUUCUCAUCACGAACUUCCAGGAGUUCCUGGAGCUUACAGUCGAGACCGACGCCGAGCAGCCGCUUCCUCCACCCAAAGAGGUGGCGAGAAAACUCAGGACGCUUGCCAUUCAGACAGUUCAGUCAUGGCACGCUACGUAUGGAGAGGCGUAUAAGAAACUGUCACUGGGAUAUCACUUUCUUAAGCAGAUUAAAAAGGUAGAUUUUCAGGAUGUUGAAGCAAGAACGCUGGCUGAGAGAAAGAGACAUGAGGAGAAGCAGAAGAGAUUGGAAAGAAUUUACAAAGAGAAGCUUGAAAAGGCCAAACAGGAGAUGGAAGAAUUGAUGAGUGGGAUUGAAGAAACCUUGACUGAGAUGAACAACUGCAUAAAACUGCUUGCAACCGAUGACUUAAACCUGUUUAACGAGGAAGCGCCAGUUUCUGAUACGGGAGCCGAGGACAAAUCUGACCAGCCCUGCUGCAGUAAAGACCUGAGCAAUGAGCAGAACGGAAAGAUGACAGAGAAGAAGAACGAUGAAGGGCAAACAGACGAGUCUAGUGACGAGAGUGACACGGAGCAAGUUCCUGAAGAGGACGCGUUUCUCCGCAGCACUGGUUUAAUGUCUUACAAAUAUCAGCUGGAGCUCGAUGUGUGCACAGAUUUACAAGUGAGAGAGACGGAGGAGAACGAGGCGUUAGUGAACACAGUGAGGGAUCUCCAUAGACUUGUCACAACCAGACACCUGCCUCAGGUGCAGUCCUGGAUCCAGGUCUUUACAAAGGUAGGCGUUGAGGAAGAACUGAUGAGGAGAGCCACGGAGUUAAAGAAGUCACUGGAGCACGCCUUGAGAAAACAUGAGGAUCUUCAUAUAGACUACAAGAACAGAGAAAGAAGAGUGAUGAGAGCUCCUGAGGACGGAGAGGAUGACGACGAGGAUGAUUUUGUAGACGUGCCGGAGAAGGAGGGAUACGAGCCUCAUAUUCCUGAACAUCUGCGGGCAGAGUACGGACUUGAUGAAACUCCCUCAACAUCAACCUCUGAGGUCAAAGCAAAGCCGGCAAAACCUGUGGUCAAACGUCCGGUUCCUCUGGUGUCCUCCAGCCUCUCGCGACUCAAGAGGAAGAUGAUUGAUGAAGAGCAGGACCCCACCUGUGCGGCUGCAACACUGCGUGUGCUCAGACAGAGGCUUGAUGCUGCCCCGUCCACCAGUGUGUCUGAGCCUUCAGUGAGCAGCAGCGGUCAGGAGAAAGCCUCUGUUAAGGCCCCUGUCGUCCCGUUUGGUGUGGAUCUUUACUACUGGGGAGAGGAGCAGCCCACCGCCGGCAAGAUCAUCAAGAGCACAUCACAGCACCAGUUCUGGGUGCCUCACGAGGUGGAGGAAGAAGUUGAAAACAAGGAGCUGUCUGCAGAGAUGAAGUCGAGAUAUAUCACAUUCGCUGGGAAAUUCAAACCUGUGGAGCACAAGUGCAAAGCACCAAUGCCAGAUGGAUCUUUGUGUGAACGCCAAGACAGAGUAAAGUGCCCGUUCCAUGGACGCAUUAUCCCUCGGGAUGAGCUGGGCAGGCCUGUUAACCCAGAAGAUGCACUGCGAUUGGAGAAGGAGAAGAGGAAACGCGAGGAGGAGCAGCCAGAUUGGCGAGACCCAGAGCUCAUGAGGGAGAUCGAGGCAGCGACUGGAGAAGAUCUGGGCUCGUCGAAGACGUACGGGAAGGGAAAGAAGGGCGGCAAAGGAAAGUCAAGGAAGAAGUACCCAAACCUUACAGACCUGAAGCAAAAUGCCAACACCUCUCGUUCCAGACUAGAGAAGAAAGUCUUCAACAAGAGCUCCAUGAGACGAGUGACGGAGGUCAUGAACAAGAUGGACAAGAGGAAACAUGAGAAAUUUGCAAAUCAGUUUAACUACGCACUGAACUGAAUCUUCACACGCAGCUUCCAACAAAACUGUGCCUCAAAUGAAGUGCAAACUUUGUAGAUUCGUUAUUUUAAUAAUGUGUUUGCUUUUUUGUAUCUGCAGAAUUAAUUUAAUUUAAAUUUUCAAUCCAGUGUAUUGUUUUUUUUACCAACUUUUGUAAUUGUUUGCUAGUAUUUAUAUGGUUCAGAAUUUAAAAUAUUGUGUGUGUUGUCAUAUUUAAAUAUUAAUACAUUUCUAUGAACAAGACAUUUGAGGGUUCCUUUGUUGUGAAUAUUAGAAAUGUCCCACAGCCCAAAAAAAGGGAUUUUCUUUUAAUGUCUAAUAGUGGAAUUUGAUAUAUUAAUGAUGAGGUUUGCAUCCCUUGAUCAUUAGACCUGCUGAAACAGUAACUGCAAAACUGUUUAUUAAUAUAAUAUAUAAUAAUAUAAAUUAUUCACAAGGUGACUGUCUGCUAUUUUAAAACAGCGGAAGAAUGACUGCUAAAUUUAUAUAAUUUGUUGAACAUUUAAAUGUCAAAUUCAACAGGAAACUGCAUUGUAGAAAAAUAUGACAUUUCUAAUGAUGGAAGGAAACUGUUUCAGCAGCUUGAAGCUUCGUUGAUUUCACAGAAGACAUGUUCAUCCAUCAUCUACUAACAUGAUCCUCACGUUUUCGUUCUGCAGCGGAAAUCAAACUUACUUAUGAUUUAUGUAUCUGCAUGAAAAAAUACUAUAGUGUUUUUGAAGCAUACUAUAGUAAAUUGUAGUGUAUAUAUUAUAGUAUUUACAACACUACACAGCAUACUGUAGUAUUAACUAUAGUGAACUGAUCAACUGUAAUAAAUGUAGUAUACUUUAGUUUGUACUACAGUAAACUGUAGUAUAGUUGUAGAAGUAUUGGGUAAAGUCAUUUGUUUAUAUUAUCACAGCAACUAUAGAAAUACCACAAGUUAAUUCAUGUACUUUACUAUAGUAUGCAUCAGAAACACUAUAGUAUUUUUUUAUUUAUUUACAAACUGGCUGCGAAGAAUAAGUUCAAAGAACAAAAAUAAGCCUGUAUUUGUAUCCGUGUCUUCAUACGUCAGCAAUAUAACAAAAUAAAAACGAGUCAUUUCACAUGUGCAUGACGAGUUAAACACUGACCAUUGUGAUUAUAUUUAUAAUAGUUAAUAAAAUCGAAUUGCAAUAAUAAUAUAAUAUGUAAACUUGUGAAAUGCACAUCACAAGCUACAAAAACAAACUGACCAUUUUGAUUAUAAUAAUAUUUUUAAUAGUUAAUAAAAUCGAAUUGUAAUAAUAAUAAUACAGUAGUAAACGUGUAAUGUAGCUUGUGUAUUUAAUGGGGGAAAAAAAACAAAUGCACCAAACGAAUUUAGACGCAAAACUCAUUUCAAACAGUAUUAUCCUGUUAAAUUGAUUAAAUGAAUUGUAUUACAUAUAUAAUGUAGUAUUUUAUGUUAUUCAAAUAUUAUUCAAAAUCAUGCUUUGAAAAGAAUCGCAUCAGGCUGAAAAUCAUGCGACAUUCAGCAGCAUAUUUGAAUCUUUAAUAUCUCAGCUUUUAGAAACGAUUUAAUAGAGACCCGUGUUACACAUUUACAAUCUAAUGAUUUGUAUUAAUUCACGGAAAAAUAUUGAUUGACCAAAAAUGUUUAACGAACAAUAAACUGUAAAUAAAACUGUAAAAAAAAGUCUGA